AUGGCGUGUGCCAAAACUAUCAAGACGGAUUCUCUGUUCUGCAGAGUGCUAUGUUGGUCGACAGCUCUUGGAUUCUCGCCUAGCAUCAGCCAUAGUGCCAUGACUCUACAGUCUAAUAAAAAACCCGGCAUUGCAUUACGGCGUUUUCGAGUAGUAGUUGCACCAAUCAUCGUGUUUUUCCUUCAUCGUAUGGUUAAAAACUCAUUCCAGAAGGCUGAUGGACAAUUUCGUAAAAUGUCAAGUUUGGCUUUCCAAAAAGGCAGCCCAAGUUCUUCUUUUAGGGGUGCCAGUUCAAGCGUUCUUCUAAUAAAGGUGUCUUCGGAUAGCAUUGGCGCUUCUUCAACCUCAACCAAGAAAACGUUCUUAUAG